AUGUUGUUUUGCCUAUUUAUUAUUUCAUCAAUUUUUAUUCCUAUACAAACAAUAUCUAUUGAAGACUCUAAUUCAACAACAAUUUUUCGUACUGAUAAAUUAUCAAGAGUUGGUCUUGUGCUUGAUUUUCGAAUUUUACCCUAUAUUGGUAAUGGUCACAUAGCUACUGUUGUAUACAGUGAUUUUAUUUAUAUGAGUGGACUUUAUAAUGGUGAAAAUGGACGGAAAAUUGUUGUACCCGUUAAAGUACAUGAACAGACAACGAGUGUUGAUAUUAAUUUUACCGUUGCAACUCGUAAUCCUCAAUACGUUCUUUUAGUUGAUAAAACACGUGAAAUUGAAAAUAAUCAAUUUCAACCAGAAGCAUUACCUGUAUUUGUUUAUUAUACACCAUUACCACAUAAAGGAUUAGAACUUGAUAAAAGACGAAACAAAUCGAACAUAUCUUUUCUGUUACUUCAAUUGAUAAUAAUCAAUCCAUAG